AUGUACACACUCGCUUUCACGUUGUUGGUGUCGGGGCUGCAGCUGGCGAGGGCAUCUACCCUUUACCUUAGCCCCGCAGCCUCAAUUCCCCAGUCAGAUUUCACUCCUCAAGAUACAAGUUUCAUUCUUUCGCGUCAUUUUGGACUCGAAUAUUUCGAAGUGCAGCCCAAAGACUUGCCCGAGGAGGAGUUGUUUGUUGGGCAGGGUCUCAAGAAUGGCCUUUUGCUGACGAGCAGCAAUGAGGACGCGAAUGUGAUUCUGCCUUCGUCACUGCAAGAAACUUUACAAUAUAAUUCACCGCUAAUUGACAACCCACGACCAAUCAUUACCACUUUCGCACAUCGCGCCAGGCACUCUUUCUCGUCGGUCUUCGUUGGUCUGGAAGAUACAUAUGUGGUAGGGGACUCGACGCAGGAAUUCGUUGAUACCAUCCGUUCCUUGGCAAAAUUCCUCCGAGAGACCGAGAGACCUGCAUUCGCUGCCCUUGAUGCCUCGCCUCUUACGGAGAUUCGUAACAAAUAUGGACCACAGAGCGAGCAGUACACCAUCACCCUUCUCGAGCUGCGGUCGCUCGUGAAUGUUGCUAUGACCUUGUCGGACACCCUUAACUUCGCCUAUUUGACGUACUCUACUCACGUCCGAGACAAACGCGCCGCCGAGCCUCAGCAGACCCAAUCUCCCUUACCCUCCGAUCGCCCUGCCCCUCAGCAACCGAUUGGCUCUAUUUCUACCUGCUUUACUACCGCCGACGCUUGCACCAAUGGCACUUCGUCUUGCUCUGGUCGGGGACAAUGUGUCGAGGCGAAAAAGGCCGGAAGAAGUUGUUUCGUAUGCACCUGUGGGGUUACCAAGACUGGCUCGGGUGCCAAAACAAAGACGGAUGUGUGGGUUGGGGAAAGCUGCGAACGGAAAGAUGUCAGCGGGCCAUUUGUUCUCCUGACAGGUACCGUCGUGCUAGUAAUUCUACUGGUAGUAGGUUCCGUGGGGCUCCUGUACAGCGUCGGCGACCAAGAGCUACCGAGUGUGCUCAUGGGUAGUGCAGUGAAUGCAAAGCGAGACUAG